CAAGUUUACAAGCAACAGCUGCAAGCCCGGCAUCACCGCCCCGCAUCUAACUCUGGCGCUGGUGCUGGCCUCCCCUUUCCCUCUCGCUCCCGUUCGUUUAUUAGCUGCUUGACCUGCUUGACCUGGUUACCUUAAUUCAUUCCUCUCCUCUCGCUGACUCUCUCUCUCUCUCUCCGGUAACAACUUCUUGAUCCUUCUCCUCUUUCUUCAUCCCCCCAAAGGCUAUCUGCUACUCCCGUUGGCUUCCAUCGUGUUACUCUAAUUCCACCUUAUUAAUAUUCUCCACGACUCGACCGACUCCCUUCACAAUGGCCAGUGCUAUCAAGAGUGCGCUGCCUACCCACCUCAAGCCCAACAGCGGCGAUGAGCAGGGCAAUGAGCGUCGUCAUGGCAAGACGCGCAGUCACAUGGCUUUCGAGAACACCUCCACCAACGUCGCUGCUGCUCAGAUGCGAAAUGCUCUGACCAACCUCGCCGAGACCGUCAAGGAUCCCGAACAGAAGAAGUUGUUCGAGACUGAGAUGGACAACUUCUUCGCCCUUUUCCGACGAUACCUCAACGACAAGGCCAAGGGCAACGCCGUAGACUGGGAUCGCAUUGCUCCUCCCGCUCAGGGUCAGGUUGUCGAUUACGAGGAUCUUGCCAACACCGAGUCUGUCCAGUUCCUGAACAAGCUGGCUGUUCUCAAGCUCAAUGGUGGUCUGGGAACCUCCAUGGGUUGUGUCGGCCCCAAGUCCGUUAUUGAGGUCCGUGACGGCAUGUCCUUCCUCGAUCUUUCCGUCCGACAGAUCGAGUACCUGAACCGUACCUACGACGUUAAUGUCCCUUUCAUUCUCAUGAACUCCUUCAACACAAAUGACGACACCGCCGCCAUCAUCAAGAAGUACGAGGGCCACAACGUCGAUAUCCUUACCUUCAACCAGUCUCGAUACCCCAGAGUAUACAAGGACUCUCUCCUCCCCGUCCCCAAGCAUAACGACUCUCCCAUCAACGAGUGGUACCCCCCUGGCCACGGUGACGUUUUCGAGUCUCUCUACAACUCUGGCAUUCUCGACAAGCUUCUCGAGCGAGGCAUCGAGAUUAUCUUUCUUUCCAACGUCGACAAUCUGGGCGCCGUGGUCGACCUUCGCAUUCUCCAGCACAUGAUGGAGACAAACGCUGAGUACAUCAUGGAGCUGACCAACAAGACCAAGGCCGACGUCAAGGGUGGUACAAUCAUCGACUAUGAGGGCUCAGUCCGCCUGCUCGAAAUUGCCCAGGUACCCAAGGAGCAUGUCAACGAGUUCAAGUCUAUCAAGAAGUUCAAGUACUUCAACACCAACAACAUCUGGCUCAACCUCAAGGCCAUCAAGCGUGUGGUAGAGAACGACGAACUCGAGAUGGAGAUUAUCCCCAACGGCAAAACCAUUCCUGGUGACAAGAAGGGCGAGUCCGAUAUCUCUAUCAUCCAGCUCGAGACCGCUGUCGGUGCUGCUAUCCGUCAUUUCAACAACGCUCACGGUGUCAACGUUCCCCGUCGACGAUUCUUGCCCGUCAAGACCUGUUCCGAUCUGAUGCUCGUCAAGUCUGAUCUCUACACAUUGAAGCAUGGCCAGCUUCAAAUGAGUGCCGCUCGCUUCGGUGACGCACCCCUGAUCAAGCUUGGUGGUGACUUCAAGAAGGUCUCAGACUUCCAGAAGCGAAUCCCCUCCAUUCCUAAGGUGCUGGAGCUGGAUCACCUCACCAUCACCGGUGCCGUCAACCUUGGCCGCGGCGUAACGCUCAAGGGCACUGUUAUCAUCGUCGCGACAGAGGGCAGCACCAUCGACAUUCCCCCUGGAUCGAUCCUUGAGAACGUGGUUGUCCAGGGUAGCUUGCGCCUGCUCGAACAUUAAAUUGGGAGCUUGUUGGAUGUUGUAUGGUUCUGUGGCAGACUGUCUUGGGGUUUUAACUUGUCAUGGCCUUUCGAGGUGCAUAAGAUGGAUAAGGCAUGGGCAGACAUGUCAUGAGGCUUGAGGAUUGGAAUGUUUAUCCUAUGGUAUGGAAGAAGAGAAGCAACGUCUCCGAAUCGGUAGACAUGAGAGAGCCUGAUUCAAGCGUCACAUUGAACGCUUGCUGGGAGGAUAAGGUGCACUUUGAGUAUGUACGUACUUGGCAAAACAGCAUUAGCUUGAUACCUAUACAUAGGUAUAGGUACAGCACAUUUUUAAUUGAAAAGGGCAAAUGACAAUUUCUCGAGAAA